GUUCCCAAGAGUCAGACAGUUCUCAGUCUGCCAAGAAAGACAUGCUGGCUGCACUGAAAUCCAGGCAAGAAGCUUUGGAAGAGACACUGCGCCAACGCUUGGAAGAGCUGAAGAAGCUGUGUCUCCGAGAAGCGGAGCUCACAGGAAAGCUGCCACGAGAAUACCCCCUAGAUCCUGGGGAGGAGCCGCCGAUUGUAAGGAGAAGAAUAGGAACCGCCUUUAAAUUGGAUGAGCAGAAAAUCCUGCCUAAGGGAGAGGAGGCAGAGCUGGAGCGCCUGGAGAGGGAGUUUGCCAUUCAGUCCCAGAUCACGGAAGCUGCCCGGCGCCUGGCGAGCGACCCAAACGUCAGCAAAAAGCUGAAGAAACAGAGGAAGACAUCCUACCUGAAUGCACUGAAGAAGCUGCAGGAGAUCGAAAACGCCAUCAAUGAGUAUCGCAUCAAGUCUGGAAAGAAGCCAACCCAGAGAGCCUCCCUGAUCAUAGAUGAAGGAAAUAUUGCCAGUGAAGACAGCUCCCUCUCGGAUGCCCUUGUUCUCGAGGAUGAGGAUUCUCAGGUCACCAGCACAAUAUCCCCUCUCCAGUCCCCACACAAAGGACUCCCUCCCCGGCCACCCUUGCACAACAGGCCUCCCCCUCCGCAGUCGCUGGAAGGCCUCCGCCAGAUGCAUUACCACCGCAACGACUAUGACAAGUCGCCCAUCAAACCCAAGAUGUGGAGCGAGUCAUCCUUGGAUGAACCCUAUGAGAAGGUCAAGAAACGCUCCUCACACAGUCAUUCCAGCAGUCACAAGCGUUUCCCCAGCACUGGGAGCUGUGCUGAGGCGGGAGGGAGCAGCUCGCUGCAGAACAGCCCCAUCCGGAGCCUUCCCCACUGGAACUCCCAGUCCAGCAUGCCGUCGACGCCGGAUCUACGGGUACGCAGUCCGCACUACGUCCACUCCACACGGUCAGUCGACAUCAGCCCAACCAGACUGCACAGCUUAGCUCAGCACUUUAGACACCGGAGCUCCAGUUUGGAGUCGCAAGGCAAGCUCCUCGGCUCAGAAAAUGAGACAGGGAGCCCCGAUUUCUACACCCCAAGGACUCGUAGCAGUAACGGCUCUGACCCCAUGGAUGACUGCUCUUCCUGCACCAGCCAUUCCAGCUCUGAGCACUACUACCCCGCUCAGAUGAACCCCAACUACUCCACCCUGGCAGAGGAUUCCCCGUCGAAAGCCAGAGAGCGGCAGAGGCAAAGGCACAAAUCGGCGGGCAACUUGGUCUCUUCCAAUUCAGGGAGUAUGCCCAACCUGGCUGCGAGGAACGGGACGGGGCACCACCGCGUCUACCUGCACAGCCAGAGCCAACCCUCCUCCCAGUACAGGAUCAAAGAAUAUCCCCUGUACAUCGAGGGCAGCUCCACACCCGUGGUGGUGCGGAGCCUGGAGAACGACCAGGAGGGACACUACAGCGUGAAAGCACAAUUCAAAACCUCCAACUCCUACACGGCGGGGGGGAUGUUUAAGGAGAACUGGCAUGGGGACGAAGUGGACUCCGUCAGGCUCACCCCCUCCCGCUCCCAAAUCAUAAGGACUCCAUCUCUGGGCAGGGAGGGCCACGAGAAAGGCUCGGGUAGGACUGCCGUGUCAGAUGAGCUGCGACUCUGGUACCAGCGGUCCACGGCCUCCCACAAGGAGCACAGCCGCCUCUCGCACACGAGCUCCACUUCCUCGGACAGCAGCUCCCAGUACAGCACAUCUUCGCAAAGCACCUUUGUGGCGCACAGCCGGGUCACGAGAAUGCCUCAGAUGUGUAAAGCGACGUCAGCUGCCUUACCUCACAGCCAGAGGAGUUCGACACCGUCGAGUGAGCUGGCAGCCACGCCGCCGGGCAGCCCCCACCACCUUCUCGCGUGGCAGACUGGGAGCUACAAUGAUAGCUGUUUCCUGGAUUCUCCCCUCUAUCCAGAAUUAGCAGAUGUCCAGUGGUAUGGGCAGGAAAAAGCCAAGCCUGGGACUCUAGUGUGA